AUGGGAAAUUUUUGCUCCUACCUUGUGCAGUACGACGAUGGUGCUACAUCCGAAGGCUACCUUGCAUCAGAAACCUUUAAUUUCGAUUCAAAUUCAACUUCUCGAAAUGUAGUUUUUAAGUGUGGUAUUAAUCAGAUCAAAAUGGACAGUUAUGGCACUGGGGGUGACAUACAAAGCAGAACAGAUUUACCUCAGACGGUCUUGUUACAAUAUGGUACACUUAAUCCUUACUUUGUGAUCUUGCAAGACAUUAGUAUUGCUGGUUCGCGUCUAACAAUCCCAGCCAACUACGUCCAAAGGACAUCUGGUCGCGUUGGGACUAUAAUAGACACAGAAACUGCUUAUACAUUUCUUGUUAGACCAGCCUACGAAAUGUUGGAACGAGCACUUGUGAACUACUUCUCCAGGAUGGCUAGCGUGUUUCAGAUUCAUAGACAAAGAUUUUUCAAUUUGUGCUACCAAAGAACAACAACAAGAGGAGGGUUUAACAAUCUUCCAACAAUCACAUUCCAUUUUAGCAACGCGGAUCUUGCGGUGCAGCCUCAGGGUGCGUUUUACUUGGGUGAUACACAUAUGAAGCUAAUAGAAAGACAUUGA